UGAUUGGUCACACCGCUCAUUUAGCCCCGCCUCUGCCCCUCACUGGAGCAGCUGUUGCAUAGUCUUCAUGUUAACGAUUUAAAAGUUGAUCUAUUUAUUAAAAGUAGUCAGGUCAAAAUUUUAAUUAUUUUUACAUGUAUCGAUGACUAUGCAUACCAAUGUGAUCUCAAGAACGUUUAAGCGGUAGAAAGAUUGGAUUAUGAAACCGCCGGAGCAGCAGCUUGUGUAACCUGACAAAUCGUCAUUCCUCCGUUCAUUCGUUUUCCUACUUCGUGACUGAUUUGGUGACCGAGAAUGUCGGCAGGUGAAGAAACGAAGCCUGUGUCUGAGGUGCGAGAGCUACUGAGAGAGCUGAUAUUGGGACGUGAGGAUCCGCAAGGGUUUUUCUGUAUGUGUGUGUCUCUGCUGGGAGACGCAGACACCCGGAGACUCUUUCUGGACCUGAUCAAACCCCUUUCAUCCGAGUAUGAACAUCUACACAGUCAGCUGACCUCAGUCUUUCUAGAGUACUUCUCUAAGGAUGAAUCAGAGGAAUUGGAGCUGGCUUUAACGCUCUCUCUAUAUGAAACCAAACAAAUUGACCCAGAAGACAAACUGCACAAUUCUGAUCAUCAGCAUCAUGUUCCUCGGUCUUACAAAACCUACGCUGACGUACGUACAGAAAGCUCUGGUGCUGAUGGAUCUGUGGUACCAGAGAACCAGCCUACUGCGAAAUGUACACUUGAUACUGAAGUACAUAAAACCAGAAAUGCAAUAAAGCACAUAAAUGGAGACAAGAUCACAAAAUCACAAAAGCGUCGUCUGCGUAAGAAGCAGCAUUUGCUGAAGAACCCAUCAGGACCACGACCGGUUGUGCUGUGGUUCAGAAGGGAUCUCCGCAUGUGGGACAACCCUGCUCUGAUUGGCUGCCUGGAGCUCGGUGCACCUGUCAUACCGGUCUUUCUAUGGAAUGCAAUGGAGGAGGAGGGUCCUGGGGUUACUAUGUCAACUGGUGGGGCUUCUAAAUACUGGCUGCAUCAGGCACUAGUGAGUCUGAAGCGCUCUCUGGAGGAGCGUGGAAGUCAUUUGGUGACCCUGAAGGCAGAGCCCUCAUCUUUGACUGCGCUGCAAGGGUUAAUGGAUGAAACGGGAGCAGCUUCAGUUGUAGCAACGGCACUGUAUGAGCCCUGGCUGAAGGAGAGAGAUGAUGCAUUGUGGGAAACAUUGGAGAAACGAGGCGUUACGUGCCAUAUAUACCACUCGUAUUGCCUUAGAGAUCCCUACACGGUCAGCACAAGAGGCGUUGGACUACGAGGUAUCGGCUCCGUGUCUCACUUCAUGAGCUGUUGUCAGCAGAACCCUGCUGGUGGACUGGGGUCUCCACUGGAUGCCCCCACUACCCUGCCCUCUCCCUCAGCAUGGCCACAGGGAUGCCCGCUUGCUGAUCUGGGACUGGCACGCAUGCCACGCAGAAAAGAUGGCACAGUGAUUGACUGGGCUGUGGACAUUCGAAAAACAUGGGACUUCAGUGAAGAAGGAGCUCACACACAUCUUGAAGCCUUCCUACGAGAUGGCGUGUACCGUUAUGAAAAGGAGUCAUGCCGUGCGGAUGCCCCCAACACCAGCUGUCUAUCUCCAUAUCUGCACUUCGGUCAGCUGAGUGCACGCCAGGUCUUAUGGGCUGCUCGUGGAGCUCGCUGCAAAUCUCCCAAAUUCCAGCGCAAACUGGCCUGGAGAGAUCUGGCGUACUGGCAGAUCAGCCUUUUCCCAGACCUGCCCUGGGAGUCCCUCAGGCCACCGUACAAGGCUCUGCGCUGGAGCUCAGACCAUGCCCAUCUGAAAGCAUGGCAGCGUGGACGCACAGGAUAUCCGCUUGUAGAUGCAGCAAUGAGACAGCUGUGGCAGACCGGAUGGAUGAACAACUACAUGAGGCAUGUUGUGGCCUCCUUCCUCAUUGCUUAUCUGCAUUUUCCAUGGCAGGAAGGAUACCGCUGGUUUCAGGACACGCUGGUCGAUGCUGAUGUUGCCAUAGAUGCCAUGAUGUGGCAGAAUGGAGGAAUGUGUGGUCUGGAUCACUGGAACUUCGUCAUGCACCCGAUUGACGCAGCACUGACCUGUGACCCCUGUGGCACCUUUGUGCGUCAGUGGUGUCCUGAACUGAAGGCUCUUCCUGAUGACCUCAUCCAUAAGCCCUGGAAGUGCCCAACAUCAAUGCUGCGUAGAGCAGGUGUAGUUUUCGGUGACAGCUACCCCGAGCGUAUCGUUAUUGACCUUGAGGAGCGACGUGCACAGUCUCUGCAGGAUGUUGCGUCGGUGCGCAGGCGUUUCAGGCAGUUUGUAGACCAGCGAUCAGGUUGUGAUCUGGUACCUGUUCCUUCCAGAUUGGUGCAGGAUGCUUUAGGCAGUAUGGAGGAUAUUGUGAAGCAUGAAAAAAACGGCUUCCUUCUUCCGGUCAUCACCCGAAUGGAGUUUAAACACCAGUCGGAGGAUCCAGACAGGCAGGAUAACCCAUACAGUGCUGUGCUGAAGGGCUACGUCAGUCGCAAACGGGAUGAAACCGUCGCCUUCCUAAAUGAGCGAGACUUCACAGCCAGCGUGAUGUGUGAGAGCGCACAGCGUAGAGAGAGGUUAGAGAGGGACAGCUGUCUUCUAGAGGGUUUACCUCGGCCCACCGCCUCACGUGGAGGAGCCAGGAGAACUCAAACCAGAGACCCGUACAGCAAAGUGCCUGGAGGUGUUGCUGUUCCACGCAAAUAAUACACUGACUAUUUAGAGCAAUGGUCAACAAACUUGUUCCCGGAGGGCUGGUGUCCUGCAGAUUUUAACUCCAACCCUAAUCAAACACACCUGGACAAGCUAAUCAAGGUCUUACUAGGUAUACUUGAAACAUCCAAGCAGGUGUGUUGAGGCAAGUUGGAGCUAAACCCUGCAGGAACACCUGCCCUCCAGGACCGAGAUUGGUGACCCCUGAUUUAGAGGGAUAGUUCACCCAAAACUGAGAUUUCUGUCAUCCUUUACUUAGUCCUAGCCUCAGACGUUACGCAAAGCACCAUCCACAGAUCUGCGGCUAAAUGUCUGAUGCACAUGGCACACUUUUCUGGUAACAAUUUAGCAGUCGUUUUCUGAGUGGUUAAAAUAUACAGGAUUUCUGGAAGUCGGGUGUGCAGCAAUCUUAAUCAGCUCACCUCGAAACUUGUCUGAGCUGUGAAAAAACUGCGAUUGUCUUGAAUCAGUGAUUUUCUGCUUGCACACCCAUCUGUUAUUGU